UUGAUUGAGGUGAUUCUAUAUAAACAAAAAUUACCAAUGCAAAAUUAUAAUGCUUUCUAGACGAUCUAUUUAAAUAAUUUGAAUAUAUUUUUUUAAAUUCUAUCUCAAUUUACAACACUAGUCUCAAUUUGAUAUUUUCUGACUAUUUUGUGUAGUGAAAAAAACGAUAGGCUGCUCGCCGGUAUUAAAUUGAUAGCCAUUUGUUGCAUGAUACUGAUUCAGUCUUAUUUUUUGAUUCAAACUGAAACAAAAAACUAUGAGCGAAAAGAAACCUUCAAUCAUCGAUAAUGGAGAUGGAUUGUUUGAAACUCAUGUCAAGUUGGAAGAUAUUCAAAUUCUAAUUAAAGAACAGAUGAAUACUGAUUCAAAGCUUGGAGAGAAGACCAAAUUAACAGUGGUGGGAGAUGGAAAUGGAUUCAUGAGUCGUGUGGUACUUGUGGAAGCAGAUUGGACUAUUCCUAACGAGAACCUUCCAGAAAAAAUCAUAUUAAAACUGACAUCUUGUAUCAAUGUUCACCACCUUGUUUCACAGAUGAAAGAGAAAAACCCAGAUGCAUUCACUGAACAACAAGAAGCUGAAUUAUGGGCCAUGUUCGAAAGAGAAGCUCAGAAUGUGCACAAUCGAGAAGUCAAUCUCUAUAGGAUAACUGAGAAAUGGAACAAGAAUGACGCGCUGUUGAGUCCAAAGAUUUAUUUCUACAAGAAAUUCGACUGUGAAAACAAGACUCAGGGAGUUUUGGGAAUGGAGUAUGUGGAUGAUGCUGUUGUUAGGCAUCUCUAUUGUAAUGCAAAACCACACGAGUUGCAUCCAAUUUUACAAUCAUUGGCAACACUUCAAGCGGGAAGUCUUCAUUUAACGGAAGAUGAAAUCAAUAGUAUUUCUGGAUAUGAUUUUAAAUCAAUGGUUGGAAGAAUGAUGAGUGAAGAAGGAAUGAAGCAAAUGUACACUCGAGCACGUCAAAUUAAUCCGGAACGUCUGACAAAACCUACAGAUGCAGUCGAAGCAUUAGGAAUGGAUAUCGUCAACUUUGAGAUUUCAUGUCAUGUGAACAAGUACGCUGGCAUUCAAAAAAAUGUUCUGGUUCAUGGAGAUUUAUGGGCAGCCAAUAUUUUGUGGAAAGAGAAUGAUGGAAACUGUGUAGCCAGCAAAGUUAUUGAUUAUCAGCUCAUCCACAUGGGAAAUCCAGCAGAAGAUCUUGUUCGUGUGUUUCUUUCCACGCUCUCUGGUGCUGACAGACAGGCUCACUGGGAGAAACUUUUAGAACAAUUCUACGAGUAUUUCUUGGAGGCGCUUGAAGGUAAUGAGGCUCCUUACACACUCGAUCAGUUAAAAGAGUCAUAUCGGUUAUAUUUUGUUGGUGGUGGUCUUUUUGUGAUGCCACUGUUUGGCCCUGUUGCUCAGGCUAAACUUUCGUAUUCGACUGAUAAUGAGAACGUGGAGGAGUAUCGUGAGGUUCUCACUGAAAAAGCUGAACGUCUCAUGGAAGACUUAAAGCGAUGGCACUUGUACAGUAAAGAUGUGACAAAGGAUUUAGAAACGGCGGAAAAGUUGACUUUAUGAUAAGAAUACCGAUAAAAUUAUGAAAUUUCUCGAAACUUUUGAAUUGUGAAGCAACUUCUUAAUAAAGUAACUCAUUGACUUUA